CUGCGCGGAAAGACAAUGAAGCCAACAUCAGUUCAUGACAUUUUCAUUAUAUCUUUAUUUCUUUUCUCACAUUUUGUUCGAGGGCUGGAGGAUUGCGGAAGUGGAAUGUAUCCACCUAAAAUACCAACGGUUAAAGGUAAUGUGACCUGGUACACUGUUAAUCUCGAUUUAGCUCCUAGUGAGAGAUGGACGCAGGUGAUCAAAGAUAAAAACACAGAGUUGAUCACAAUGGUAUGAACAAUAAAAGACCUGGCCAAAGGCUUUUUCCAUGGAAAACUUGUUGAUUUAGUGGACGAGGAGCUGCCUUUGAUUGUGGGUGCACUUCCACAACCUUUCAAUUAAGGGAAUAGCAGCAGUCUCUGGCAUUCCUCUGGGUGAAAUUAUGCUGUUCAAUAUCUUUUAUGAGGUUUUCACUGUUUGCACAUCAGUUGUUGCAGAAGACUUUAAUGGAAAUAUUUACCAUGCCCAGAAUUUGGAUUUUGGACUGUUUAUGGGGUGGGAUCGACAGAAUAAAACAUGGACUUUAACAGAGAAGCUUAAGCCUCUUGUGGUGAAUGUCAAUUUCCAAAGAGGGAACAAAACUGUCUUUAAAUCAACAAACUUAGCUGGAUAUGUUGGCAUGCUUACUGGAAUUAGACCUGGUGAAUUCAGUCUAACAAUGAAUGAGCGUUUCAACGUUGAUGGGGGUUAUGUAGGGAUUCUGGAAUGGAUUCUUGGCAGGAGAGAUGGAAUGUGGAUGGGUUUUCUUACUCGCAAAGUUCUGGAAAAUGCUACCAGUUAUGAGGAUGCCAAAGACCAGCUCUCUCAGGCGAAACUGCUUGCUCCUGCUUACUUCAUCUUGGGUGGUAACCGAACGGGCCAGGGUUGUGUGAUAACCAGGACGAGAAUAAACACAUUAGACAUCUGGGAACUUGAUAUGAAGCUUGGAAGAUGGUACGUCCUGGAAACAAACUAUGAUCACUGGGAAAAGCCUAUGAUAUUUGAUGACCGUAGAACUCCGGCAAUGAAGUGCAUGAAUCAAACCACGCAAGCGAACAUUUCUCUGGCAUCAGUAUAUGAUGUUCUGUCAACAAAACCAGUUCUUAAUAAGUUGACAACCUACACCUCACUGAUGGAAGUGUCUACUGGAACUCUGGAGUCCUAUAUCAGAGAUUGUCCAAAUCCAUGGCCGGUGUAUAAGAAAAGGAGCUCGUUAAAAAUCGUAUUGAUUGCAAUUCUACCUCUGAACCUGCGCAUAUCUCUUCUCAUGGACAUGUAUGUUAUAACUGCUUUACCACUGCAAACGUUGUGCAGUUGUGCAAAAGUAGAACUGUUUGUUUUACAUAACAAACUCUGAAUGACCACACAUUUUAAAUUGAUUUUUUUUUUAAUGUUAGAUAUGUAUGUCAGUAAGAAGUUAAUUUCUUUGAGUAUUGCCUUUUUCUUUAAUAUUUUGAUGAUAUAAAGUAAUCUGUUUUUCUGAAA